AUGGAUGCUCUGGUGGCCUUCACCCACAUGAAAGACAACCUCCCUGCGUGGAUUACCCGCGUAUCAGAGCUUGCAGCACACACCCACACCAAACACAAUGAAUACUCUGCAGCCUACAGACGCCACGCGAACUUCAAACCCCGCCGACGCAAACACAGCUCCGUAUGCUCAAUCCACACUGAUGAUCUCGUUCCAAUCGCACAACGCAAAGAGCCCAGCCCAGAACCUCCCGCGGCGGUGACACCCAGCGACACGCCCGAUGUCGGUCAACGCUCAGGCCGCAAGAGACCCUCCGACGAUGCCCCAUCUGUCGAGUCGAAUGAAGAGUACGCGUUUGUGAGCACGAGGCACAAUGUCAUUAUUGAAUACGAUGGUCACACACAGAAGACGCUCGAGGCAAUUGUUCGGGACAUCGGAGUGGCAAGGAACAACAUGCGACGAGCGAAGAUGGCAAUGAUGCCGCGUACUGGUAUCCGCGCCGGUAUUCUGAACCGAGGCCCGAACUUGAACAUGCCAAGCACAGCAUCAACACAGGCUUCAUCGCCACUUUCCUGCAUCCGGAGCACCCGGACUGCACCUGGGGUUGUCGGCGUCUCUGGAUCCACCGUUCUUCGGAAAGAAUCGCCCUUCGACUAUGCCGACAAGCAACUGGAACUCGCCCACUCGCUCUGCGAGACAGCAGCUUACCAAGUUCUCCGAUCUGGCGAUUGUGGAACGGAACUCGACGGGGUGGAAGAGAAAUUCAAGAUGCUACUUGAGGCCGCAAUCAACGAGGUGGAUCGCAUUAUGGCCGAAAAGAAGCAGCAGGAAGACCUAGAAGCACAACAAGCUGAUGGGACUGCGCAAGAUGCACCUCCCAAACCACCCCCGACCCCUUCCGCGGCGCGACUCGCCAGAGUAGCCGCAAUUGCUUCUAGCAAGCCCUCAACGACCACCGCAGGCGCCAUCGAAGUCGACGACAACUCCUCCCUAUCGGCCGAGUCAAUCGACCUCUCCGCAUUCCGAUCAUCAAGGAUCCGAGUGUAG